GGCCCUUGUUCAAACUUAGCAUUAUCCUAGACUCUUGAUUGGAUCUCUCUAAAUCUAUCACCGACAAUCUUACCCCUCCGGCUUCUUCAAUCAUCAAUAUGCCAGACGCCGUUUCCAUUACCAAACCACAAUCUCCAAUUCCCGAAAGAUUCAUUCUCGAUUUUCGGACGAAACAUAGACCGUCAUCGAGAACUGAUUUGCAACAUGCCACUCAAAGUCGAGCUCACACGCAUGUCUCAACAGACUGGGACCAGAUGUAUGGAUGAGGAUUGGACCGGCACAAACGACACAGCAACUAGAAGAAAAUUACAGAACCGCUUGAACCAGAGGAUAUACCGUCAGAGACGCAAAGCUCCAUCGAAAAUUCGUGACGACCGCGAAAACGAUUCUUUAAUUGAAGCUCCACAGUCCCCAGAGCGAUCAAUCCUCGGUGAAGCCAAAAGAACAUAUUCUGCGAAUCCGUUAUCGAUAACGAGCCUCCGUAACGAGAAGCAAUCCGGUCAACUCGAGCAAUCAAGCAAUCCCUCUGCCAAACCAUCGGCAGAUAUAAAUAUAAAGCAAUGGACAACAGGUCGCGUGUCGAGAGUCCAAGGAUUUUGUGGGAUUCGGCUUAUGCUGGCCGAAUUCGAGAAAGAAGCUCGUAGGAACCAUUCAAUGGGCUCUCCACGAACAGAUCAACUUCUCACCCUCAUUCAAUUCAACGUUUUUCGCGCAUUGAUCAAAAACACGCGGACAAUAGGUUGGAACUUGGAUUGGCUAGACUGCAUGAUCGAUCCUCUAUCCCCGUGGCUCAAUCUUUCCACAAAGAUUGUGCCGGGCGCGCAUUGUCCUCAAGCAUUGUGUCCAACGAAGAUUCAGCGCACAAUCCCUCAUCAUCCAUGGCUAGAUCUUUGGCCAAUUCCUCAAAUGCGCGAUAACCUAUUGUUGCAUGCUGAAAGUUACGAUGAAGAUCAAUUGUGUAAUGAUCUAGUGGAAUUUGGAGGUCUCAUGAACGAACAGUCGGGCCUCAUUGUUUGGGGAGAACCGUGGGAUGUUUGGGGAUGGGAGGUUAGUGAGACUUUCUUGAGGAAUUGGGGAUGGGCCGUCAAGGGUUGUGAAGAGUUAUUGGCUUCGACGAAUAAAUGGAGGGCAAAAAGGGGAGAGGAAGCUCUUGUUUUCGAGGUCUGAACAAACUACCUAACCUUGAGACAAAGCGCCGGAUGUUAUAUUGAAUCAGACUCUCAAGUCUUGAGCCCUGCAGGUUAACACGCAUGAGCACUUCCUUUCGACACCUGCAGCUAGUUGUCAUGCAAUAUCGUCUAGCAAGCACCAUUCACCCCUCCAACAACACUGCCAACAACACCGCCAACAAGAAAGACUAUGUGGAUGUUGAGGAAGCGUAACGACGGGAUAAUCCACUUGACAAACAUGGCAGACAUUCAACGCAAGUAGAAUAUGCAUCCAAGGGUGGACUUCCAGGUAGCAUUUCAGCUCACAAUACAUGCGGCAAUUCUGCAAUCUAGGGAAAAGAUUACGUCACGUCAAGCUCAAUUAUGGGGGCAUUAUCAUCGCAAAGGGUUGACACACACACACAGAGCAUCGAAUGAUCUCAGCUUCAUUCAUAGCUGUACAUUUUCGCUCGGGUCAAAAAAGUUGUCUGCAGUUCCAACCUCUCAAUAGAAAACUUUGUUUUUUUUCGCCUCACAGCAACAUAAGAGAAGGAUCAAAACGCCGAGAAUUCAAUAAGGCUCGCACUAUUGAGACGCACGGAAUUGACCAACCUCUCUUGUGGCGUCUUCUAAUUGGGUUUGCGAAUAGAAAAGACCAACAACAAUGGUGCUAAUACGGUACCAUUUUACGUAGAAUACCCAUACCGGUCGAUCGGAAGUAGCCUUUCGUCGUGCAUUCGACCUAGCAGUAGCAGAUAAAUCUGAUUGAGUA